AUGGUCAGCGGGGAGUUCAAGAAGAGUGAAUUGAUCGCUAAGUACGGUCUUCUCCCUCGCGAUCUCCGCAAGAUCGACUCAUCCCUCCUACCCAAUAUCCUCAUCCGACCGACCGCUAUCCUAAUCAACCUUCUCCACAUCCGCGCCCUUAUCAAGCACAAUCGCGUACUAGUAUUUGAUGCAUAUGGUACCACGGACUCAAAGUCACAGUCUGUCUUCAUGUACGACCUCGACUCGAAGCUUCGCCAGAAAGAAUCAGCCGUGACCGGAAACCUGGCAUACGAGUUUCGUGCCCUGGAAGCCGUCCUCAUCAGCGUCACGCUUAGCCUGGAGAAGGAAUUCGAAGGUGUCAGUGAGCCGGUCAUGCGGGUACUUAUGGAGCUCGAAGAGGAUAUUGACAGAGACAAACUACGAUAUCUCCUCGUGUAUUCAAAGAAGUUAGGUUCCUUUGAGCAGAAGGCGAGAUUGGUCAGGGAUGCACUGAGCGAGCUUUUGGACGCCGAUGAUGACUUAUCAGCUAUGUACCUGUCCGAAAAAGCAGAAGGCAUAGAGCGCGAAGAAGACGACCACACCGAAGUCGAAAUGCUGCUGGAGUCCUACCACAAAGUCGCAGAUGAAAUUGUCCAGGCAGCCGAGAACCUCGUGUCUAGCAUCCGCAACACUGAGGAGAUAGUGAAAGCCAUUCUAGACGCAAACCGCAACUCCCUCAUGCUCCUCGACCUCCGCUUCUCCAUCCUCACCCUCGCCCUGACAGCUGGCACCUUUGUCGCCGCACUUUACGGCAUGAACCUCAAGAACUUCAUUGAAGAAUCUGACUUCGGCUUCUGGGGCGUCUCCGCUUGGUGCACAGUCUUCGGUGGCAUCGUCGCCGUUUACGGCAUCCGCAAGUUGCGUCGUGUCCAACGGCUCAGUAUGUGGGGCCAUGGUGGCCAAAACAACAGCACCAAGGGGAACUGGGGCGUUGGCGCAUGGGGCGGGAAGAGCAGGGAUCCUUGCAGCCCUGGUGAGGUAAUGGGCGUGCCACGCCUGAGAGCAGGAGAAAGUCUGGGUGAUUUGAUUCAGAGGGAGAGACUGCUUGCCAGGCGGUUAGCGAAGGCGGAGGUGCAUGCUGAAGAGGCGGCGAGGACGGGUUCUCCCGGCGUAGGAAAGCUGCGCUACUGA